GCAUCAAGGAAGCGCCGGACUGAGGUUAUCUCCGACUUAUAUUCUUUGCACCCUUUGGCGGGCUUCACUUGUCAACCACUCAAUUCUUCUGACUCAAACUACCAGGGAACUUCACCUUCCUCCGGCGACUCAAUGCAGUCCAGCAUGCCGGCUUUCAAAACCGCUCCCGGUGUACAAGUAAAGCCUAGUAAGAGGACAAAGAGAAAUAAGCCGGUCGAAGAGCCGAUCCUAGCUGAACCAGAAUUUAGGACGGCUGCUCUUGAUGCUUCUGCUCAUGAGCCGCCAUCUGCACCAGCCCCUAAUGCUCCAACUCCCACCGCUGAUCCAUCUGCUGAACAAGUUAUGGAAGGCUCUGAGAACCCAGAGAUCCCUAGCCCGGCCCAUCCUGAUGAUCCGGAUGUUGAGAUCACCCGAACUGAAUUUGUUGAACCGGGGAGACCUACCGUGCUGGCUAAGUGCUCUGCCAAAGAAGAACUUUUGGAACGCCGCAGAAGCAAGCUGGAUAUCACUGAUUAUACUCAUCUGAGUAUUGGAGACAUUGUCACUGGUUAUGUAAACCAAGUGCACAACAGUCGGGAUCUGGAGAUUGAUAUGGUGAAACAAAUACACCAAAAAUCUGAGGCUGUCAUUAAACAAUUUGAAUCGGAGAUCUCUGAGUUAAAGAAUCGCCUGAAAACUCAGGAAAGUGAAACCCAAAAGGCCAACUCCAAGUUUGAAUUCAGUGUAUCUGCACAAGAGAAACUGAAGAAGAAGUUUGAAGCAGAGAGAAAAGCCUGGGCGGAUGAAAAGACUGCUUUGCUCAGCCGGGCCGAACAAGCGGAGGCCACUCUUGCUGAAACAACCACCGAGCUAUCCGCUUACCUGACUUUGUAA